GAGGCUAUAAGUGCCCUUGAGGGCAAACUGAUGGCUUUCAGUAAUAGGUGCAAAAGUCUAAAUCUUGGCAUAAAUGUGGAAAAAACCAAAUUCAUGUGUGUAAAUAGCAAUAGGUUUAGCUCCUUUUCUUUAUACUUGGAUGGUAAAGAAGUUGAGCAGGUCCGCUCGCUAAAGUGGUUGGGGAGGGUAAUUACUGCGAGUACAUCGGUAAAUAAUCAGGUUAGCAGACUAAAAAGGAUUGCGGUACCGGGUAAGAAUCUUAUCAAAUGUUUAACACCUAUAAAAAGCGGUUUGGUGCCCAAAGUAGCUUUAAAUUUUUAUAAGUCCUUUGUGAGAAGCAAGGUGGAAUACGCUAACUCCACUUAUGCGGAUGCACCUAUUGGGUACAACAAAAAGAUACAAGUCAUUUUGAAUGAUACUCUUAGGCGGUGCUUGGGGCUUCCUCCAAGUGCUCCGGUGCAUGUGAGGUAUGCUUUGGCAGGCGAGCUUCCCCCUCUGAAAAGAGCGGAAUGGUUGGCUGCCAAGGAGCUCAGCAGACAGUGGCUUGUAAAUCCUCGCCUCAGGGAUGACCUGAUGAGUGGGAGUGUCUCUAAAUCCAGUUAUUGUUUUGUUUACGAAAAGCACAAAGCCGUUUUCAAUCUUCUUGGUACUGAUGUUUCUUUUUGUAGGCAUCGUAACCUCCACGUGGAGCUUUCGGAGCUGGGUACUACCAAAAAUAAUGUUAGUACGGUACAGUUGAAAAGUAUUUUUGUCUCUAGACUAAGGGAACUGCAGAAUAGUGGUUUUUACCUCCUUGCCACGGAUGCGUCGGUUUCUGAUGGAAGGGUGGGUUUCGCAGUCCAUGAUCCUCAAAAAAAUGUGUCAUUCUUAUAUAGAGUAGUGGGUGAUUUUUCCUCCACCCUCGGGGAGCUUCUAGCAAUCAGGCAGGCGGUUCGGAUGAUGGUCAAGUUGGAGUGUAAGAAAAUUGCCAUUCUUUCAGAUAGCAUGGCGGCGUUGAGAUUAAUUAACAAGAAACGAACGACUAAUCACAUUGUUGCGGAGAUUCAAAAUUUGAUGCACAACUCAAAGUUUGAAAGCAUAAAGCUUAGUUGGGUUCCCAGUCAUGUGGGGUUAGUGUACAAUGAGAAAGCGGAUUUAGCGGCAAAGGCUGCAGUGAGAAAUGGACAGGACAUGCAUAUAAAGUUUACGGUUGAGGAGGGGCUUAGAAGAAUUCGGCAAGCCAUUUGGCGUGAGUGGGAGAGUGAGUUUUCGGAUAUUUCUCAAUCCAAAGGUAAAGUUUUUGCUGAAAAUGGAGGUAAGACUAUUAAUUACAAGCACAGCAUCAUCAACGGUGAUUGCAAGAACUACUGCAAUCCCUGCGGUUUUUCCUCUUGGUAA